AAUCUCACGGGGGAACCAAAUCAAGCACAACACCGGAAUUGCCCACCCCUGGCGUAUGGUGUAUUUGGUCAGAGCCGAGGAGGAGAAGAAGAAGAAGAAGUAGAAAAAGAAGUAGAAGAAGUAGAAGAAGACGAGGAAGAAGACGAAGAAAAAGAAGCGACAGCGGCAUUGUCAUGUCUGACACAGCAAGAGAGGAUGAGAUACAGUUUCUCCGGGACCAACUGAGGCAAAAGGAGAAGGAAGUCCAGCUGGCUGCUCAUGCUGGCUUGGAUCUGCUUAAUCAGCUAACAGAAACACAAACUCUGUUUGAGGAACAGAGAAUAAAGAUGACAAGUGCGUUGGAGGAUCUUAAGCAAGACAAGUAUACGCUGCAGAAGGACGUGGUGCUGAAGACCCGGCUAAUUGAAUCAUUGCAAUCAGAGGUUGAUUGCCUGACGAAAUGGCAUCGACAGAACAUGAACAUUGAAAAGGAAAAACUUGAGAGUAGUCACCGCACGACUCUUAAUGAACUCAACAACAAGGUGACACAUUUACAAUCUGCUCUGGAUGAGUCACAGCUGAUUGAGAAACAGCUGAAAGAAAAGCUUGAAUUACAAACCAAGGUGCUGAAGAAUAAGAUGGAUGAGAUUCGAGUUCUGAAUGAAGACACUCAGAGUUCAUGUACAUCAGAGUCCUUGGAUCUGCGGAAAACUGUUCUGGAGUUAGAGAACACAAAGUUGGAGUUGGAACUGGCACUAAAAGAAUCAAAGCACAAAGAGCAUCAGCUAGAAUUGACCAAUAGGGGCCUACAUCACAACCUCAAGCAAACCACAGAGGAGAAAAACAAGGAAGCUGCCACCUGGUAUGCAGCAUUGGAGAAAUCUCGUGAGGUGAAUCGUGAACUCCAGGUACAUAUGGAAAGAGUUCUACAACAAGCCCAGGAUCCAAACAGCAAGGGCAAUUCUCUUUUCGCUGAGUUGGAGGAUGAACGUGCUGAAAUGGAGAGGAGGCUUAUCAGUAUGAAGAACCAGUACGAGUCACUUCAAGCACAUUAUGCCUUUAACAAACAGCAGUUGCAGCGUAUGAAGGUCCACAUUGCCACCCUUAUGCAACUCCAAUGUUCAAGAGCUGAUCCCUUUCAGCUGGACAGACUCUAUUCUAUGUUGUCACAGAAGAAUGACGAGAUACAACAUUUGAUGGCUAAACAACAGAGACUGGAGAAAGUUGAGGUAUUGCUAAAGACCAAGGGGAGUGAUGCACCUCCCUCAGAAAUUGGUAAAGGCGAGGAUGAAACGUUUUACACUAUCUUGCUCAAAAUGAAACUCGACAAUGCAAUUAAGGAUGUGGAACGCUUAGGAGAUGAACUUUCCAUGCAAAGGAUGCAGUCUAUGUUAGAAAGCCAGAAAGUUCUUGAACUGGAGAAGAAACUCUUCAAAGAUGAACGUCUUCUCAAACAGGCCCAGUGUGACAAAAUCAGUCUACAGCUUCAAGUGGAAGAGCUACAACACACAUAUGAACCCAAAGAGACAACUGAUUUAUCCCAGGGGACAAAGAAAGAGAAAUUACCGACACAUACUGUACCAUCAUUUGAAGGAACAACACAUGGUAACAGCAAGCAGAUUUCAAAGGAAAAAGUUAUCACUCAUACGAUGAUUCUUCUCCCUGAGACAGACAAAUGUCGCACUGGUGCAUUCCCACGACAAGGAUUUGAUGUGCAGCAUAAAUCUGCCAACCAUGUCAAGAUUAGUGGGGAUGAUCCUGUUUUGACCCCUACUACCAGCGCUCUUGUGACCAGUUACAAUGUGCUGGUAAAGAAGGAGCACCACAAGAAGGAUGAAACAGAGGAAAAGAAAAAGAGGGAGCAUCACGGGCCUGAUGAAGCAGAGGAAAGGGAAAAACAACAAAAUGUUCAGAUGAUGCAUGUCUGUUCUGAAAGCACUAUAGAAUCCCAAUGUUCUCCACAGUAGGAACCUCCUACAAUUCUGGCAACCGGAUCAGUACUAAUGUAUACAUGCAAUAGUGCCAAGAUUUUCAAUAUUUUCAUUUUGUUUAUUAUUGCAAUGAUAGUUGUGUCCCUACUUUGUGAAAUACAAGUAAAAGUCAAAAGAUAGAUAAUAAAUGUACUUUUAGUUUAGUACAUUCCUGACCGCGUCAAUCAAAUGUUCAACAUGAUUUGUGAUGCACUGGCUGUUUAGAGUCAAUUUAUCAUAAACAUCCAAGCAUGUACAAUGUCUUUGAACAAUUUUUGUCAGUAAUUCUUCAAAGUUGAACAUUUAGCCUCAUCCUCUGUCCAUAUUCAGUUGCAUCACAUCCUGUAUACUAUUGUUCUAUGUAUUUGCAAUGAACAGGUAAAUACAGCCUGUCUUUCUAUGUAGUCUACUAUUAAUUGGAAACAAUAAAGAUGACUUUGGUUAUUCA